UUUGACCAACACCCCAAGCAGAAGGACAAGCCUCGGAGCUCUUACCUGUAUUUUGGCUGCUGCUCUUCCCGCAGAAGAGAUUCUGCUCAUUGCUCCCAAUGAAACACGCAACAUUGUACAAUGUGAGAGCUGUUGGCGAGCGUCGAAACUUGACGCUCCUUUUGCUAUGGACCUUACAGCAGUCACACUUUUUUGAAAAUGUGUCCUUUUUUUUUUUUUUUCCUUCCUAGUUUGAAAGUGUCUGCCUUUUCUCAACCUAUCUCGUAUCUAUGGACGCUUGGAACGGCUCAUUUGCUCAGAAUCAACUAGAAAAGUUCGGUUGGAACAAGGGUGACGGUCUGGGAAAGAACAAGGACGGCAAUGUUAAACACAUUUCCGUAACGAAAAAGAAUGACAAGAAAGGUGUUGGAGUUGGGCAGGAUCAAUGGGAAUUUGCAUGGUGGGAUCAUUUGUUCAACAAAAGCGCCAGUGGUGUGGUCAUCAAUAAAGACGAUGAUAAAGGCGAGGUAAAAGUAGAGACAAAGAAUCACAAUAUGCGAAAGUCCAAAACCGGCAUCAUCAGUACAGUUAAGCCGUCUGGUAUAUCCGAGUCAGAAUCAUCACCGUCAGAGACCCCAUCUGGAGCGUCCACACCUGUUCUAGAAGAGCAACCCCGAACAAUGAUGGAUAGUGUCAAAGUAGUACACCAAUCGUUUGCUCAGCGCAUUGCGUCUUCCAAGCUCUACGGCGCAUUCGUGAAAAGUACAACAGGGGCUCUCGAUCCGUCUGCACCCAAUUCAGAGCAGGCUUCAAAGGAAACUUCAGCGAAUGCCUCAGAUGCAGACUCUGACAAUGAAUUCAAAGACUAUUCUGUCAGGAUAACAGAUGCUGAGUUGUUCGCGGCAUGUGAAGGGCGAACAGCCAGAAAAGGUGGCCGCGGUCUGGUCGACCAAAAGGGCAAAUUUGCUCGUGUCAUGACCGAGUAUCUUGCAAACAGCGCUGAUGAGCCGGCAUUACCGUCGAAUGUUGAGGAAAGCUCAAAAGACAAGAAGCGGAAGAAAUCAGAUGAAAAGGAUGAUACCAAGCCAAAAAAGAAGAAGGCAAAGCGCGACGAUGCUGACAAGGAGAGCAAAAAGAAGCUAAAGAAGAGCAGCAAAGAGAAAAAAUCCAAGAAAGAUAGUGAUGAGAAGACAAAAUCCAAGAAAGACAAGCAGAAAGGCGAUGCAGUGGCAGCGAGCAAGACGGAGAAGAUAGAAAGCAAGGAUGAAAUGGCGAAAUCGAAAACGGCUAAGAAGGAAAAGAAGGCCAAGAAAGAAAAGUCCAAAAAGCAAGAUAAAGAUUCAAAAGUCAGCAAGAAGAGAUCUGUAGAGGACGUUGCGGAUAGCGAAAUCAAAGUGAAAUCAAAAAAGAGCAAAAAGUCUAAGAAGGAUUAGAAAAUGGAACGUAGCAUACCAAAAUUGACAAGACAAUGCAGCUUUUGUUGCUUCUGUGAAAUCUCCCCCAUUAGAAAUGUAAUAUACUAUUCAUCAUUCAACAAAUCAAAUCAUACA